UAUGUGUGUGCAGCUGCCAGUGCUGCUCGCCAUUACCAUUCCGGGCACAGCGCACCUCUGCUCCACACGAAGAAAUGGAGCCGGUGCUCUGUGGUUGACAGGCUUCGGAGGGCAUGAGGUGGGGAGGAGGAGGAUGCAUGACGGCUGCAACCUUUCAGGCAAUCUGGAUUAACUCGCUGCAAGAGAGAGAGAGAGAGAGAGAGAGAGAGAGAAAGAGAGGGGAAUUAGGAACAUCUGGCCCCAGCCUCUCUCUCCAUUCAUCCAUCCACAAAGGCGUUUUCUAGCGCGCUCCUUCUUUUUGGCGGGGUGGUGCACCCUGGAGGAGGCGAUCCCGCUCAGCCUCCAAAGAAGCCUCUGCGGGGGCCCUGCAGCGUGAGCGCGUCCACGCUGUGAGAUGCUCCAUCCUCCUCUUGAAGGGCAUCGACGAGCUACCAAGGCCGGACACAUGUCAGCGCGUCCGGGACUAAAUUCAUCUCUCCGCCCCCGGAUGCUCAUCUUCUCGGCUGGGAAGGCGCUCCUCUUCUGACUGAUGCGCCCCUUGCAAGGCGUAACAACGUGAAUGACAAAUCCAAUGGAGACCCUCCUGCUUUAUCUGAUUGUCCUCUGUGCGGCUGUCAAGGCCCACAAAGUUCAAGUCUGUCCGAAGCGCUGCGUGUGCCAGGUGCUGAAUCCCAACCUGGCGACGCUUUGCGACAAGAAGGGGCUGCUCUUCGUGCCCACCAACAUUGACAGGCACACUGUGGAAAUGCGACUGGGCGAUAAUUUUGUGACCAGCGUCAAGCGAAAGGAUUUUGCCAACAUGACCAAGCUAAUGGACCUGACGCUCUCUCGCAACACUAUUGGGACGAUUGUACCUUACGCUUUUAAAGACUUGGAGAACCUGCGAGCCUUGCACCUAGACAGCAACCGUCUGACGCGUAUUACCAACGACACCUUUAGUGGCAUGUCCAAGCUGCACCACCUUAUCCUCAACAACAACCAGCUGACCCACAUCCAGAUCGGGGCCUUCAACGAUCUGACGGCGCUAGAAGAACUCGAUUUGUCCUACAACAACCUGGAAAGCGUCCCUUGGGUUGCCAUCCAGAGAAUGUCCAGCCUCCACACUCUCAACCUGGACCACAACAUGCUCAGCUACAUCCCCGAGGGCACCUUCUCGGGUCUGCAGAAGCUAAAGAGGCUGGACGUGACCUCCAACAAGCUGCAGAAGCUUCCCCCGGAUCCCAUCUUCCUAAGAGCCGGCGUACUGGCCACGUCUGGUAUCUUGGGCCCCACGUCGUUUGCGCUGAGUUUUGGAGGGAACCCGUUGAGAUGUAACUGUGAGCUGCUCUGGCUGAGGCGAUUGCGACGCGAGGAUGAUCUGGAGACGUGCGCUUCACCGCAGCACCUCGCUGGACGAUAUUUCUGGACCGUAUCGGAGGAAGAGUUUCUGUGCGAGCCUCCUCUCAUCACCCGACACUCUCAGGAGCUGCGAGCUUUGGAAGGCCAGAGCGUCACACUGCGCUGUAAAGCCCGCGGCGACCCGGACCCCAUCAUUCACUGGAUCGCCCCCGACGGACGCCUCAUGUCCAACUCCUCCAGGGCUACGGUCCACACAGACGGCACGCUGGACAUCCUCAUUAGCACUGUCAAGGACACAGGUUCUUUCACCUGCGUGGCGUCCAACCCUGCCGGCGAGGCCCAGCAGAAAGUCGAGCUGCUCAUCGCCAAACUCCCUCACAUCGCCAACAACACGGCUGCCGAGCAGCAGCCCGACCCCGGGUCGUCGGACAUCGCCACGGUGACCAAGACGGGGGCGGAGGGGCCAGGCGGUGUGCCUCUGGGGAACGCCAAGACGAGCCUAGAGAGGAAGGUGGUCAUCGCCGAGGCCACGUCCAACUCGGCCUUGGUGCAGUUUCAGUUUCAGAGGAACAUUCCAGGGAUCCGCAUGUUUCAGAUCCAGUAUAACGGGAGCUACGAUGACUCUUUGGUCUACAGAAUGAUCCCACCGACCAGUGAGAACAUCCUGUUGAACAAUCUGGCGGCGGGGACGCAGUAUGACCUGUGCGUCCUGGCUAUCUACGACGACCAGGUGACCUCAUUGACCGCCACCCGCGUCAUCGGCUGCGCCCGCUUUACCACCGAGCCACAAUACUUGAGAUGCCAUUUCAUGCAGUCGCAGUUCCUGGGAGGAACCAUCGUGGUCAUCAUCGGGGGCAUAAUCGUGGCCUCAGUGCUGGCUUUUAUCAUCUUUCUCAUCGUGCGCUACCGGGUGUGCAACCAGGGUGACACAGACAAGGCCUUGGAGAUGGGCGACAUACGUUCCCUGAGCAGUGACGGACAGCUUCAAGGCUGCGGACUUCCCAAAUCUCUCUCUAAACAAGUCCUGCGUCCAGAGAAAAAUGACAAGGACUGUCUCCGAGUAGCUUUGCCGCCGCAGGAGCCAGCCAAGCAGCGGGCGCCUGUAUCCACAGCCGCCUCCAACACCAUCACCAGCGCCACAACCAAACCCUCCGUUCCGGACUGCACCGUGUCCAACUCGGCAGCAAGCCACAGCUGGCACCCAGCAUCCCCCGGCGUUCCCAGGGUGAAACGUUCAACGGCACCGCCCAAACCCACCGAGGUCCGCCUGGCAGGCGUUGAACUCAACAACGUGAACCGCAAUAACUCCUCGCAGGUUAAGAUGCCGCCCGUUGUGGCUCGAGUCAUACCUGGACAACCCAUCACAUGGACUGCAGCUCCCAGGGGUCCGCGGGUCCGCCAGAUACCGCGACAUUACAUGACUGUGCCCGCUGGGGGCAUGAGGAUGAACCGCAGACACUCGCUGAAUGUGGACUCCUUCGGGGAGCGCUUGUACGUGGCGUAUCCCAAAACGGGAGCCAGCCUGCGCUCCAAGCGCAGUCUGUCCAUGAGCGGAGAGCUGCCGCAGCUGCAGAGCACAACACACAUUCACCGGGUGCGGGACAAGCUGUCCAGGUCAGAGUGGCUUCUUGAGAGCACUUUAUGAUUCUGAUUUAACUGCCUGCAUCCUUUGGCUUCUUUUUUCCUGGAUUGGAUUUGUGGCCUGCUGUGGAGCUGCCCUGAAGGUCCCCCGCACAACUCUAAGGGAAUAUUAAGGCUUCACUUUUGUUUUAUACACUAUAACCUCGAAAAAUCUUCUUCAUAAGGGACUUUGAGUGAACCAAGAGAAGCACAAGUGUAUAAAACAACUCCUGUACAAAUGUUUAGUUGCGUGUCUAUGAAUGCAGUAACCUGGACACGCACUGUAUUCAAACAGAGACAGGGUUUUCGCCCUAAAGACAACAACACUACUUUGGCGGGGGUUUUGGGCGCGAUAAUGAAUGUGCUUUAUUACAUCCCGGACGCAGCACAAUGCAGCAUUUUUUUUGGUGGCACACGUUGACUCAGCCUUGAUACUGCCCUGCGGUUUGAAUGGAUCAAAUCGUCUCUAUCACGUAAUCACAUAAAGAACCGAGCACAGCUUUGAAUGACGACUGGCGCAGACAUAAUGCCCGACAGGCGCGGAGAGGAGGGACUUGACGUUCUGAGUGGACGAGCUCCAGACAAACGAGACCUUAUUACCAUGCUUCUUUUUUCCUUUCUUUCUACGCAUUCUCAUGACAUGCUAUUGUAAAUUAACUUGUAAGCGAAACGACCAUGGCAGGUAUUCAAUUGAUUUUGCUGUUGUUUCUGUUUGAUGUUGAACAGUACAAAUAAACCAGUGUUACAAGGAACAUUCCAAAUGUGAUGUCCAGCACUCCAGUUUUAGGGCCAAAACAAGUUCCAACCAAAUUCCUCUAAGCUGGCAAUCUUCAUCAGGCUCACGUUUCCAACACAGGGUUUGUAGGCAGGAUGACUACUUCUGCUAUAAAUUGGGCCACAUAAUGUCAGAAAAUGCCAUUUUUAUUAGAUGACUCAGCACUUUUGUGAUGACAUUAUACACAUGUAACAAAGGCCAAUGGUAUUUUGUUAAACCUCACUCCCCGAAAAUUCCAAAAGUGUGCUGGCUAAUAGCCUGGGCUUUUAGCUCGGUGGUCAGCAUGCUCACCUUUUAUGCCAACAAUCUGGGUCGUGCACUGCUCGGAACAGCCAGGAGCAGUAGGAAACAAUGCAACACAGAGCUGCUACACGCAAACAGCAUAUAUUUUCUCAAAUGCUGUGCUUACCAUUUCAUCGUUCUCACAUAAGGCUCUAUUCUCUGUUAACUAGGGUUUGGCCUCGCCCUAUUAGGUACCCUACACUACUUUUAGUACCCUAAGGGAGAUGAACCAAACAGUGGGAAAGUACAGAUUAGUAAUUUUGGUGUGCAGAAGUUGAAAUCCAAGCAAAAUUGAAUAUCUUUCAGCUCACCACAAGUGGGUCGAGUAGUCAAAAAUUGUACUCAAGGAAGAGUUUAGAGCAGUGCUUUUCAAUUGUUUUCUGUCACACCCUUAAUAGGAAGGAGAAAAUAUGUUGCAUCCCUUUCCCCACACUCUCUACUGUGACUAUAAAUAAUAAUACAACUAUACAGUUGAAAAAAUGGUAUCUUUAUUUACAUGAAAGAAAGUCACACACCAGUCUUUCCUCGUCUCCCACCGUAGUCACAAGUGCUACAUACGCUUUGUCAUAAACUAGUACGGCAAAAAAGUCAUGUUACCCGAGGUCCCACGCACCCUCGAUCCACCCCACUAUUUGAGAAGGACUGUUUUAUAUUAAUAUAUGACUCAAGUAAAAGCAAAAAGUAAUCGUCCAAAUAAUUAAAAAUAAGUGAGUAAAGUAAAAAAAAAAAAAACUAUUCAAGUACUGAGAAACUUCUGAUUUAUUUAGUAGGUAUUAUUAAUGGUACUUGUACUACAACUGUAGCUGGUGUGUGUGUUUUUUUGCAUGUGUGUGUGCGUGUGUGUGUGUGUGUGUGCUUGCGUGCGUGUGUGUGUGUGUUUGCGCACAAGAUUCAGAGACCCUACUACAGUAACAAAAAAAAACAUUUUACUAUCAAUUAUUACGUUAUAAAAUGGCUUAUAUUAGCAUAAUGUUAAAGGGGAACUGCACAUUUUUGGGGAAUUUUGCCUAUUGUUCACAAUACUUACGAGAGACAAGACAAAAGGUUUUUUGUUUUGUUUUUCAGUCUAACAUGUAAAAAUUGUCUUGUUUUAGGUGGCUAGCUAUGCAGCUAACGGGAGCAAUCCAUUCUGCCUCUAAACCACUUUAAAAAUGCAUUCAAAAAUCGUCAACAAUACUUUAUUUACGUUCCGUAACUUGUGUGAUAACCAAGUUGUAGCCACAUUGUUAUUGUAAAAGCAAACUCUGAGAAACAUGCUUUAGUAUUUGUUCUGAGUUAGCUAUGGCAAGAGAUAAGCUAGCUUCUAUGUCAACAUGAAACAUGUUUUGAGUUUGUAAUGCACAACACACUGCGAUACGACACCAAUCUGUACUGAGUGAAAAACAUGAACACUCAUAUUACAGUAUCUGUAAAGUAUUAGCCCACAUUUCAUGUUUUGUGUGUACACAGCUGAGCUAGCCAGACAGCGUAUGUAAUGUAGUUGGAAUAACACGCAUGGUGUGCUGCGUGUAUCAUGAUCGAUAUUAAAGUGACUCACUCGAUGGACAGCAAGCUCUUUGGUCCAGCUGGCCGGGGAUAUUUUUUUCCUACUGAUAUUGGGUAAGCACUCCAUUUAUGUUAAAAUACCUUUGCUCCAAACUCCACUUUUAGAAUCAAAGUGGCACCGACUUUACUCUCUCGGCUUCCGUCUGGUCCAACGUCUCACUUUCUCAUGCUUCUGUAAGCAGUAGUUCAUUCUCCGUAUAUUCAGGUGUAAAAGAUAAGGUUGUGAAUCCUCAAUUGUCCAAAAAUAGUCGUCUUGUUUGUCUCUUACCUAGUUUGCCAUGAUUAGAACUCUUGUGUUUGAUUCGGAUGGAGGAACACACAUUUGUUGUCAGAAGUCUGCGUGCGCUGCUAUGGAAACGGAAAUAAAUGCGCCAAGGAAUUAGUUCUGGCAAUGAUUAAAACAACAAAAAUACAGUAAAUAUUGAACAUAUUACACAGUGUUAUGAAGGUGUUUGUUACUACAUUAUAUAUAAACUUGCAGUGUGUAUAUAAAUGUUAAUAAAGGGUUUUGAAGUUGUUUUAGAAGGCUUUGAAGGCUCCAACAGUAACUCCCACGAGCUGCAUUUUUCAAGCGUAUUUUAUCAUCUUUGAAAUCCUAAAAAAAAAAAAAGAUAUGGUAAAUGGUAAAUAGGUUCUAUUUGUAUAGCGCUUUUCUACCCAUUUUUAAGGAGCCCAAAGCGGUUUGACAGUAUUUCCACAUUCUGUUCUUGUCCCUCAUAAUGAUUGGGAAUGAUAGAAAAAAAUUCAAAAAAAGCGCAGUUCCCCUUUAACUAAAACAUAAAAACAUCUUCACUUAUUUUAAGAAGUAUAUCAAGGAUUUUUGUAAACAUUCCUUGAAGGGGAAUUGUCGUUCACAAUCAUUAUGAAAGACAAGAACACAUGCCUUUUUCUUUCAGUAUUCUAAAGAUGGUGAAAAGGCCAAUCAUCAUCAUCACAUUCACAACGGCGUCAUCAUCACUCCCCUUUCUCUCUGCAUGCAGCUGACAACAAGAAUGGGAACAGUAAUUAUUCAGAUUACUCCCUUACUGAAAAAAGUAUUGCUAUUAGUAACGCCGUUAUACACUAACGCCAUUAUUACCGACACUGGUUGUGUUGGGAAUUACAAACUCAAAAGCCAUUCAGCCGCUGACCCAGAAACUAGUUAAAGUUAAAAGUACCAAUGAUUGUCACACACACACUAGGUGUGGUGAAAUUUGUCCUCUGCUAUUAACCCCGCCCCUUGUGCACCCCCUGGGAGGUGAGGGGAGCAGUGGGCAGCAGCGGUGCUGCACCUGGGAAUCAUUUAUGGUGAUUUAACCCCCAAUUCCAACCCUUGGGAUGCUGAGUGCCAAGCAGGAAGGUAAUGGGACCCAUUUUUAUAGUCUUUGGUAUGACUCGGCCGGGGUUUGAACUCACAACUUACUGAUCUCAGGGCAGACACUCUAACCACUAGGCCACUCAUGGCUAAUUUCCAUAGUUAGACGUCGCAAGAAGUUCCUUUUUGUUCGAACUGACGAUAACAAUGUUGCUACAGCUUGGUUAUUAUACAGGUUUCACAACAUAAAUUCGAUAUCGUUGGCGGUUUUUAGAUGCAUUUUAAAGUGAUAAAGACCCCGUUCACACUGCACACCAAAUCAGAUUUUUUGGCCCUUAACUGACACAGAUCAGAUUUUUUAAACGUUCCAAAGUGCUUCAAAUCUGAUCUUUUGGCAUCAGAUACAGGCCACAUCAGGAUGUAGUCCUGAAUCCGAUUAGAAUCUGAUCUUUUCAAAUGUGACUGCAGUGUUAACGCAAUCCGACCUGAAUGCGAUUUUUUUUUUGUCAUAUUUGGGCGAGCUACAUCACUUUUGUGCGCGGGAAAAGACUCAGUCGCCAGCAGAAGUGGAUAUUUCAUCACAACAUCUGGUUUCGGUGAGCAAAGUCUGCUCAAUACAACUGAAUUUUCGGUGCAUCACUUGUCACUAGUGCACAAAUUAUAGGCUAUAAGUAAUACAUAUAUUUUUAUUCUGAAGAAAUAGCGAUUGUUGAAGAACCGGAAUUGACGCUGUGGCGCAUUUGCCUAGAUGUGAGUUAAAAAAAAAAAAAAAACUCCCGUAGAUCCACGCUGAUGUCAUUGUCUCCUCUACCCAACAGCCAUAAAAAAGAUGAUAUUACACUAUAUACAUUCAUCCAUACAUUAUAUUGCUUUAAUGUAUUUUCACAUUAAAAAACACUCAUUUUUAGGUGUUGCAACUUUUAUUUUAUUUUGUAGUAGUUGCGACUUCCUCCCAGUCAACUUCCUUUGUUUUCACUUCAUCGAAAUGCGCAUGCAUGUGAUGUUGGAGCCACAUUGGGGCCUGUGGUUGUUUACACUCGAGUCUGAUAAAAAUUACAUUUUACUUACAGUGUAAACAGUCUGCUGGAAAAAAAAUCAAAUUAAAUUUUUUUUUUUUUACAUUUAGGCCACUUUGGCCUGCAGUGUAAACGUAGUCUUAGAGGCAGAACGGAUUGCUCCCAUUAGCUGCGUUGCUAGACAUCCUAGAAUGAGCUGAUUAUUACGAGAAUGCUUCUUGUCUCUCGUUAGGAUUGUGAACGAAAGGCAAAAUUCCACCAAAAAAGUGCAAUUCCCAAAAUAGGCACAUUAGUCUAAAAUUGAAAGACGAAAUUAGCUUGUUUAUCAGAAAUAAGGAUUUCUGAUCCCAACUGAGGAAUUUUUUUUUCCUUAGAUUUGAGUUUAUUCAGUAAAGCAAACCUAACUGCAAUUUGUCGUUAUGAGUGUAGAGAAUCCUAUGAAAAUCAAAGCAAUUUUUCCCAUCAAUCCAUUUUUAAGACCUGCUCAGUGGCCUUGUGGUUAGAGCGCCAAAAGAAGAACCAUGAUAAAAAUUCAGAUUUUAUUCACCCAUUCAUUCUCAAAAUAAUCUUAUUUAUCUCAUCGUAUGGAAUAAACUUACUUCACCAAUUAUUAUUAUUUUUUUUUUUUUGUGAUUACUUAUUACUAAUGGAGUAUACAUUGUGAAUACAUUGAGAACAGGAAGUGAACAAAAGUUUUAGCAACUGUUAUGUAACGAAAAGGGGUAGGAUUAAAUAAGCUCUGCUUCUUCCUACUCCUUUUCGAACAUGUUGAAAAGAGAAACUACAAAUUGUGAUGUAUCAUGUUGUAUGCUUGCAUGUUCGAAAUAAACUCAAACUCAAACUCAAA